AUGAGAUUUUACUUUUUCGUUUCAUGUUUGGGGGCUGCUGCGGCAGUGCUGGCAUCAGCGGUUUGGUGGGUUUGGCCGGUGAUUUUGCGACUCUGGCGAAUACCGCAAGUGCUUGUUGAUGGCAAGGACAAAGAUGCCUUGCGCAUUGGCAUUUUAGGUGCUUCUUUUAUUGCACGAGCUGCCGUGGUACAUGCAGCGGACAAGCGCCGGGAUGUGUUAGUGUCAGCUGUAGCAGCGCGUGAUUGGACCAAAGCUGAGACGUUUGCGAAGCAACACGGCAUUCCGGCCUUUCACGGCGGAGCAACAGCAUAUUUGGACCUGCUAGCUCGUGAGGAUGUCGAUGCUGUAUAUGUUGGCCUCCCAACACACCUCCAUCUUGAAUGGACGUUGGCAGCCUUGCGUGCAGGGAAACAUGUCCUUCUGGAGAAGCCAGCUGUCUUGAACAUGGAGGAGGCAAAACAAUUGAUAGGAGCCAUGGCCGAGACAAAGCUGCAAGUUUUUGAAGCAGCCCAUCAUCGCUACCAUCCAGCUGCACGACGCUUCAAACAGCUUACAUUGAAAGAAAGAGACGUUGGGCUGUCAGAUUUUGAGGCGCGGUUUUCCAUGUUGGAUCCAAAGGCAUUGUUGUCGAUAUUCAAGGAGCUUUUGGGUAUUUCGAAGCCAGUGACCCAAGAGGACAGAUUUCACGAGAGAAUCAAGAAUUUGGACCGGUGGUACUAUUGCGUUGAUAUGCUCUUAUGGAGCACUGGUGCAAUAGAUGCAGAAGUUAUCUUUGCAAAGGAGGAUCGUUUUUCAAUCUCUGCCACUUUGAAGCUUCAACGCUCUGCUUCCACCGCUACUGCAACUCUCUAUAUGGCAAGAGACAACCUAUGGGAGCCCUUUUCCUGGAGCAUUGCAGAACAUGGCUUAGCAGACAAGGUGAGACAUGCUUGA